GCUCAGAGGUUGCUACUCCAGGAUGGUACGCUGGCCUACUUCAUGGUGCCCUGCUCCACCGCCCUGCCAAGCAUCAGCACCGGGCUGCCCGGCCAGGGUGAUAGGGAAACGGGUAGUCAUCAGAGGGUGGCCAGGGUAAUGCCCCAGAUCUACCUGCCCAUGGAGAGACACAGUGCUGCCCACCAGCACCUCCAGCCCCUGUUCAUCCUGGAGCCCUCAGGACCUCCGCAUACACAGCUAGUAACUGGUGAGACACACACAGAUAUACAUACACGCACGCACACACACACACACACCUGUAGUAAUCCUGGAGCCUUCAGGACUGCUGCAUGCACAGCUAAUGAAACACACAUAGAGCGACACUGCCCUCUAUCGACCGUUUGACUGAAUGCCAGUUACUUCAUCCACUAAUCCACUGAUCUAUUUCCUGGUUACCCAGACUCAUCAAACUGAUCUAUUUCCUGGUUACCCAGACUCAUCAAACUGAUCUAUUUCCUGAUUACCCAGACUCAUCAAACUGAUCUAUUUCCUGAUUACCCAGACUCAUCAAACUGAUCUAUUUCCUGGUUACCCAGACUCAUCAGACUGAUGAGCCCCCCGUGUAGCUCAGUUGGUAGAGCAUGGCGCUUGCAACGCCAGGGUUGUGGGUUUGAUUCCCACGGGGGGCCAGUAUGAAAAUGUAUGCACUCACUAACUGUAAGUUGCUCUGGAUAAGAGUGUCUGUUAAAUGACGUAAAUGUAAAUGAUCUAUUUCCUGGAUACCCAGACUCCUCAAAUGGAUCUAUUUCCUGGUUACCCAGACUCAUCAAACUGAGAGUUACAGACAGAGAGACAUCAGGAUCAUCAUGUUUGACUAAAAAAAGAAAUUGGACGUUGUCUCUUGACCAGAGAGGAAGCAGACUCUGUUGUGGGAAUGUUUUGAUCUAGGCAUGUGGAUCAUUCACUUGAUAAUGUUAUAGAUAUGAGGACAUUAUCUAGUGAAUGAUCCACAUGCCUAGAUCAAAACAUUCCCACACGAGUCUGCUUCCUCUCUGGUCAAGAGACAACGUCCAUUUUCUUUUUUUAGUCAAACAUGAUGAUCCUGAUGUCUCUGUCUCUCUGUCUGUAACUUCUCGUUCUCUCCUCUCCCCCCCUUCUCUCUCUCCUCAUUCCCUCCCUCUUUUCUUCUCUCCUCCUCCACCCUCUCUCUUUCCCAUUUAACCCCCUCUCUCUCUCCUUCUCUCUCUAUCUCUCCCUCCUCUUUCUCUCUCUCUCCCCCUCUCUCUUUCCCAUUUACAAACCCUUUCCCUCCUUCCUCCCCCUCUCUAUUUCUCUCUCACUCCCUCCCUCUAUCCCUCUCUCUCCCCCUUCUCUUUUCCCCUCUCCCUUCACACCUCUCUCUUCCUCCAGUGCGAGGCCUGAGCCCAGGCCCUAUCCAGUACCCCUCCUCCAGACUGGAAGGCCUGGCCCCCUUGGGCCCCCACAGGCCCCUGGGUCGGACCCGGUCUGAGCCCCCACUUCCCUCUCACCACCACCAGCAGCACCAGCUACUGCAGCAGCACCACAACGCUCUGCAGCUGGAGAGACUCAAACAGAACACACACCAGGUGAGAGAUUGGACAGAUUGGGCACACACACACACAUACCUUGGGAAUUUUCAAGCAACACAGACACACACACACAGUACAAAACAUAUAUCUAGAUGCUGCGUAAUAGUACUAGUGAGACAUGAAGAAGAAGAGUGAAGACAUGCAUGAUGACCUUUGACCCUGUGUCCCUCCUCAGCUCAUGACCAAGUCCAGUGAGAAGCCUCAUCUCACACAAAUCCCCUCGGAGGACAUGGACCCAGAGGAGACCAGGUCAGGGGAGGGCGAUGGCUACCAGAGAAGUAGACAGAGUGGCACCAGCAGCACUGAGUCAAUGUGGGACACAGAGUCUAACUCCUCACGAGACAGCCAGGGGGAACAUAUCAGGAAAUACAGACCUCUGAUGAAUCAGGUACACGCUCUCACGCAUGCACACACGCAUACACACACAUACACGCACACAUACACACAUACACGCACACACACACACAUACACACAUACACACAUACACGCACACACGCACACACACACAUAUGCAUCAUAGAAGGCUGGUUGGAGGAGCUAUAGGAGGACGGGCUCAUUGUAAUGGCUGGAAUGGAAUUAAUGGAAUGGUAUCAAACACAUCAAAGAUAUGGAAACCACGUUUAACUCUGUUCCAUAAAGUCCAUUCCAGCCAUUACAAUGAGCCCGUUCUCCUAUAACUCCACCCACCACUAAUAUGCAUGCAUGCACGAGCAUGCACACACACACACACACACACACACACACACUCACAACACACAUGAAGUGCUACGUAGGUCAUAUAUACAAUUAUUCAAUUAGUCCCACUCUCAACUACAGCUUCAGUUCAGACCACCAGUUUGGCUCACCAAUAGAGGGCACCAUAGAAUCACAGCUCAAUAGCUCAGCUCUUAGUUGCCCGUUUUAUGUCGUUGCUAAAGUAACAGGUACUAAGGAUCUGGAUAAACAAACAAAUAAACAAAAUAAUCAGACUUCUAGUCAUCUCUCUCUCUCUCUCCCUUUCUCCCUCCUGUCCCCCCUUUUCUCUCCCCUUCCUCCCCUCUCUCUCUCCCUUUCUCCCUCCUGUCUCCCCUUUUCUCUCCCCUUCCUCCCUUCUCUCUCUCUCUCUCUCCCUCCCUCCCUCCCUCCCCCCUCCCUCCAGUCAUUCUAUUGGGAGAAGUCCAGGCACCUUCAGGUCCUGACAGAAAGGCGCAGACAGGCGACCCACCUGGACCCCCUGGGUGUGCCCGUGGUUCUGGGCCCUUCCCACCGCCCCCUCGGCCGCGCAAAGUCCUCCCCUGCCUCCACCUCCCUUCCCCCUCCCCAUCCCCCACAGCCCACAGACACCCUGCUGUCUCUGGCCAGCACUGGUCCGGAGACCCACACCAAGCUAAGAUUCACCACUGGUGAGAGAGACUUGGGGAGUGCUGUACACAAUGCUUUAUGUUGUAUCUCAUGGACAGCUUACUAUAUAUUCAGAAGGUGCUGUAUGUCCUGUCUAUAGAAUUACAUAUUAUAAUUUAAUAGGAUCUCUGUGGGUCCCAUCCAUGUAUCUAUCUAUCUGUCUGACUGGCUGUCUUUCUUUCUACCUAUUUCGUAUGGUAUCUAAACCACAGUGUGUGUUUGUAUGUGUGUGUAUGUGUGUGUGCGUGCGUGUGUGUAGGUCUGGUGUAUGACUCUCAGAUGCUGAAGCACCAGUGCACCUGUGGCGACAACAGCCGACACCCAGAGCAUGCUGGGAGAAUCCAGAGCAUCUGGUCCAGACUGCAAGAAAGAGGCCUCAGGAACCAGUGUGAGGUAUAUAUAUAUAUGUAUAGUGUUUGUGUGUUAUAUGAUGAUAUAUUACACCAGUGUUUCUCAACCUCUGGUCUGUGGACCGGUGCCGGUCCCUGAGAUGGUUUAUUGACACCUAAUUUAGGAAACCCAGAACUAGAAUCUGGCCUAAUUGCGUCAGAUACUUGCGGGGUGGAUGUAUAAAAAAAUAUACUAAAACGAGAAUCGGAAGCAGGGCUCCUCUCUCUCUACAAGACUCAGGCAAGUCUAUGGGCCAAAUGCCCCCUCCCCUUCUGAAUUUGGAAAGACGUGCACACCCGCUAAAUCAUGAUUUGUUCAAAUAACCAGUGAGGAAAAAACCUGUGCACUGUAACAACUGUUGCUAGAAAGCCGUGGCAUCCCACAUCCCUCUUUUGACAGAUGUUACGAUACUAUUUAUGUUACGUAGUCUAUCCACGAGAGAUAAACUGAAGCUUAGUAAACGCUACAGUGCUACUUUGUUCAAAGAUGAUGGGCCAAUUUCUAACGCCUACUAUGAGCACUGCUGCCACCUAGGGUUACACCCCUACAUUGCAGCUCCCUCUACACUGGUCAACUGUGCGAGUGUCUGUUCUUUAAUUUGUGUGUGUGUGUGUUAACAGUACAUUUUAAUGAAGCGUGUGUGUUUGCUCCUGUAGUGUAUCUGUAGCAGGAAGGCCUCUCUGGAGGAGCUUCAGUCUGUCCACUCCGAGAUGCACGUCCGGCUGUACGGCACCAACCCAAUCAAUCGCCUCAAACUGGACAACCGCAAGCUGGCUGGUGUGACACACACACACACACACAUCUUCACACAGACACACACUCAGUCUUUCUCUAUCUUUCACACACGCACAUACAUACACACACACACACACACACGCACAUCUUCACACAGACACACACUCAGUCUUUCUCUAUCUUUCACACACGCACAUACAUACACACACACACACACACACACACACACUCAUCUUCACGCACUGACACAUACUGUACACACACUCACACCAACACAGCUCUGAUGCACCUCAUUGUCAAACACUCUCACUCACUUGGGCAUUAGGCAAACAUCAGUAUUUUUGCACACUCAUAAUCACACACAGACCUAUACACAUAUGCAUGGAUCAUUUGUGACCAACCGCCUCGAUUUGGUCUUAUGUAGCAAAAUUGUAAGUGCUGUUUUUUACUUUGGAUAAAAGUAGAGACUCAGUAAACAACCAAAGAUUUCAAGACUAAAAGUGGUGAAAGUAGUAGCCUACAAUAAGGAAAAACUCCAGGUAAAAAUACACAUUAUCUAGUCCUUGGCCUAUAUCCUAAUCUGACUUUGGUGCAGGUCAUGUUGUUCUUCACAUUACCGUCUCUGGUAAACACACAUUAUAUUAAAUAAAAUCCAAAUGUAUUUGUCACAUGCACAGGGUACAUGCACAGGGUACAAUAUGGCCAUAAUCACCCCAAGACACACCUGGCUAACUUGAUGGGUCAUGUAAUCAUCUGGCGAAGUGGAGUCUUUUGCUUAGACAUGCAGCUAGCUAGCUAUCUAAACAAUGAACCAUAAUCCCAACCCAUAGCUACAGUACAAAUGGAUUGUCAUAGCUAGCCACAAUGCAUGAAAUGCUGUAGAAUGAAUCUGCAGGUAGCUAAAGCUAACCAACUAGGUUCAAUGUUAUCUAGCUAGCUAACAUUAGGUUAUAACUAGCAAUGCAAAUGGAUUUCUGAGAUACAAAUAAUAUUACUACACAGAUCAUACAAGUAAUGUUAGCUAUCGAGCCAGCAAACUAACAUUCGCUAGCUAGCGAACAGUACGCUUUAACUUGCAAUGAAAGUGACUUUCUAACAAAAUUAGAAACCUAUAAUAUCUGAAAAUGUAGCUAGACACUUUUUUAUAUAUAUAUCUUUUUUAUAUAUAUUGUUUUCCCUUCAUUACUUUCCAACCCCAACACCCCUUCCCUAAUUGGAGUAAACUAGUGAACAACAAUGCUUAGGCCUCUACUUCCAGCUUAUACAUUUUAUGGACACAGUCAAUUUUACAAUAAUUCAAUUUUGUUUGUUUUUACUCCUGAACGUCCUCUACCCUCAACCUCUCCGAUCAUUUUCAUGACGUCCAUCCAGUUUGCUUCUAUAUGCCAUAUCUUUCUAACUGUGCUCUUUCACAAAAGCUCUCAACCUAUAACCUAUAUACUUAUUAUGGACACAGUAUGCUUUACAUUACUUAUCUUGUUGUUAUUAGUUGUUGUUAGUUGUUAUUAGUCCCAUCCUUCAGCUCCAUUCAACACCUCCCAUCUAUCUCUUAACACCAUCCAUAUUGGAUUUCUAUUUGCCAUAUAUUUUUCAACUGUACUGUGAUGUUUCACAAAAGUUCUGAACCCUUCUAUUCUCAUUGUUUCUACAGAUUGUAAAUUAAAAAUAAACAUUUUUGCUAAAAGUAUUAUUAUAUUAUUGAUCGAUUGACUGACUUUUCAGAUUACCCAGUAGUGCUAUCUGCAGGGUUAGCUCCAGGUAAAUAUUUCAAUCCUUCAGCCAUUCCUGGACCUGUGACCAAAAACAAGCUACAAAUGGACAGUACCAAAACAAAUGAUGUAAUGAUUCUGUAGCUAGACUCUUACCCGUAUACAUGGAUGAACGCUUCACGGCAGACUGGAACCACUUUAAGUAAGACGUUCUGUGUCUUUUCCGUUUUGUUUGUAGCUAGCUACAGCUUGUUUGGCCCGUUGUGUCAAGCCACUCCGGUUCACACUGGCCCUGUGCAGAAAGUAGUACUUUCUCCCACUGAUCUUUGUCGAUAGCGCUUGCUAAAUUCAGGGCAGAAACGUUGUUGAGAGCAGUAGCAACACUUUUGCAGUUCUCCAUGGCUAACAUUAUAUCUUUAAAAAAAGCUGCAGUAGCAAGGAUUAUCUACACAUACUGAGCAGCUCAUGUUAUAGACAGAAGCGUGCUACAUGGCAGACCAAUCCGAACUCAUCUCUUGGCAUGUCCAACCCACCCAUUAUCUCAGCCAAUCAUGGCUAGCGGGAAGGUUCCUGUCUUUUUCCGUGGCUAAACCAACUAGGCUCUUAAUUUAAAUGUUUUAUUCGUAUUUACAGAUGGCAUACAAGUUUGUUAUUAAGGCACAUGAACGUUAUCUUAUCUUUCUCUUGCAGGAAUCUUCUCUCAAAGGAUGUUUGUGAUGCUACCAUGUGGAGGAGUUGGGGUGAGUUACUCAAAAUUACACACAAACACACACACACACAUACACACACUUACAGUACACAGCUCAACAGACCCUGUAAUGCACAAUCAAAGAGUCAUGUAAAAUCUUUCCACUUAUCUAAUCACAUUACAAAAUGGCAAACAUUACAUGCUUGAUUAUACCUCAUUACACAAUUAAGCUAAUAGGACGACAAAUUAUGGAGGAUGUUGUUGUUGGCAGGGACUUGGUCGAAACGCCAAAUAGAUAUCAAAGACAAAGAAAAUGUGAGAGGGAGAGAGAGAGAGGGAGAAAGAGGGAGGGAGAGAGAGAGUGAAAGAGAGAGAGAGGGAGAAUGAGGGAGAAAGAGGGAGCGGGAGAGAGAGAGGGGGAGAAAGAGGGAGAGAGAGGGAGAAAGAGAGAGAGAGAGAGGGGGAGAAAGAGGGAGAGAGGGAGAAAGAGAGGGGAAAGGGAGACGAGGGGAAGAGGAGAGAGGAGAGAGAGACUCUGAAUUGUUUUUUCAGGAGGACGGGAUGUGGGGAAAGAGAGAAUAUGGACACCAAAGAAGAGGAUGAGGCAGGGAUGAGUUGAAGAAGAGAAGGGGGGGGGUGAGGAAGAAGUAGGCCUGUAUGGUGUUGAUAAGGAAAGAGAAAAUGCGGACAUUGAGGAAGAGGAGAGGAGAAGGAAGGAGAUGAGAGAAACAGGGGGAAAAUGAAAGUGGAGGAGGAGAGGAGGGUUUGUAUCAAAUAAAUAUAAAAUAUAUGCAGACACAGAAGAAGAGGAUGAAGAAAAGAUGAGUGGAGGAGGAAGAUGAGAGAAAGAUGAGAGAGGAGAGGAGGAGGAAGGGGCUUUGUAUGGUGUUGAUAAGACGCCUGAUCUGCCUGGAUUUCCGGCCCUUGGCUCCUCUGGUCAGGCACACUGAUUGGAACAAGAUGGCCAAGACGGUGAUAAAAGAAAUUCCUCUGAUUUCAUUGUUCCGUCGUGCCAAACCGCCAGAAAUGUGGAGUUUUGAAACAUGGAAUAACAAAGGGAGGGAGGGAGAGAGAGAAUCUGAGAACAGGCAUACUUUACAACCCCCUUUACACCAGCAGUAAGUCAAUGUUGUGGUGAUUGGUGUGGGUAAAUGUUACCCUUGCCAAACCCUAUCCCCUGGCUCCCAAUAAGUCACGAUACUCUUCAUUUAGUUGGAAUAAACAGUAGACUUUGUAAUCCAAUACUGGAGUCCUUCCCACAACCUGUCACCUCAGUUUCCCUAUUCCAAUGGGUGACUUCCUUUUUACCUCAUUGGUCUGACACCUAUUUCAACCAAUCAACUUAUAAAUGAUGCCCAUGUUUCUCCCUGUGGUUAUGAUUUUUAUCCCGACCCUGUCGUAACGUCUUGGUUUUGCGUGAUUGACAGGUGGACAACGAUACGAUCUGGAACGAGACACACACGUCAACGGCGUCUCGCUUGGCAGCAGGCAGCGUGACGGAGCUGGCAUUUAGGGUGGCACAGGGAGAGCUGAAGGUGAGACUGCCAAUCGCUCAUUGUCAACUCCGUUACACCCCCACUUAGUCCUGUCAGAGCUGUAACACAGCUGAUCAGAAUUGUCAACUCAGUAACAUACAUCAAUACACAUUGACAUUGAAGCAUACUGUAUGGUAAUUUCUCUUCGUGGUUUAUUGAAUUUAUGAAUUUCACAUGAAAUUGGAAUUGAAUAUGGCUAUAUCAAAACCUUUCAAUGUCACCUGUAUUCAACUAAUAAAAGUGAAAUCGUAAGAUUUAGUCAGAGAAAGCCAGAGUCAGUGUUACAGUUUCUAUUCCCUCCUCACAGAAUGGCUUUGCAGUGGUGAGGCCCCCUGGACAUCAUGCAGCCCACUCUACCCCCUUGUAAGUACUGCACCACACACACAAACACACACACACGGAACCAGGAGGUCUCUAAAAUCAUUUCAAAGGGUUCCCUACACAUCAAAAGCACCUUUCAGGUGUGUGUUAUGUGUGUGUAUGGAGUAUGUGUGUUACUUACCCAAGGCUAACAGCAAUCUACAUCUACCCGCGCUGCUCAAUUCAUGUCCAGCUCUCAGGACAUUGUGCUGUCAGCCUACAGCACCAUCUCCAAGUGUGUGCAUGUGUGUGAGUGUGUGUGUGUGUGUCACCCUUAAAUAGAAGGCUUUAGUACGCUUACCACAUGCGUGUGUGUGCUUGUCUGCUUGUGUGCUUGCAUACGCGUGUGUGUAUGCAUGCGUCUGUGUGUGCAUGUGUGAGUUCACGUAUGAUCGUGUGUGUACUUAGCAGUGCCUGUCAGUAGUUAUUUAUGUGUCGAUAAUGACUUUCUGGAGGAGAAGAGUUGGACGGCAGAUAUGAUCUACAGUUUAGUUCACACUCACCGAGUUCAUAUCCUGCUGACACCACCGCUUUCAACAUUCCUCUUUUGGUUUUCAUACAUCAACCCUUUCUCUCACACCUUCUCUGUCUCACAAUAUCAUAUGAAUAUUGAGUACGAGUCAGCUUACUCUAAGUUGUUAAUGAGAAACACAUUCUCUGAAAUGCAUGAGGAGUGAGGAGGUCACGAUAAGUUAUUUUACCAGAGCAUGUAGAGAGUGUUUUAGUCUUCGUGUUUUGCUUAUGUUUUAGUCAUGGUUUUCCUUUGUCUGAGAUUGUCAGACGCUUACUUGCCGUAUCUAUUUUCCAUCAUUCAUACUUUGCAACCCUACGUUCUGGUACUGUCCAACCAUACCAUGCCUAAAUAUGAGUGCAUGUUCAGUGAAACAAGGCAUGUUUGACCCAUUGGCACUAAUGUCCUCACAUCACCUAGUUUGUGUAUAGUGAGGACGCCCUCACAUUAUCGUGGGGAUAUCACCUUUCACUUAUAUGGGUGUCUAUGAUGUGAUUGUGAGAACAUAUCCUUAAAAAAGUAUUGACUUUACAUUGGGUGUCUAUGGUGUCAUUAUGGGGACAUGUUCUCAUAAGUCUUCACAUGUCCCCAUAUGUGUGUGUCUCACCAAAGGGGUUUCUGCUUCUUCAACUCCGUGGCCAUCGCAGCCAAGCAGCUCCAGCACAAACUCAGCGUCAGCAAGAUCCUCAUUGUGGACUGGGUGAGAGACGGCCGCUAUCACUGGUCCCCACAUGGGAUCUAAACACAGACACACGCGUGCUUACUUGCGUACACAACACACAUAUUGACCAUAAGCUUGGUGUCAGCAUUCAUGAUGAUCUCUGCUUUCCACAUGACUCAGACCUGCCACAAGUCUGGGCCUAGGCAGACAGACACAUGCACGCGCUCUGUCUCUCACACACACACACACAUACGCACACACACACACACACACACACACACACACACAGAGUGGGGAAAAAAAGUAUUUAGUCAGCCACCAAUUGUGCAAGUUCUCCCACUUAAAAAGAUGAGAGAGGCCUGUCAUUUUCAUCAUAGGUACACGUCAACUAUGACAGACAAAAUGAGAGAAAUCCAGAAAAUCACAUUGUAGGAUUUUUAAUGAAUUUAUUUGCAAAUUAUGGUGGAAAAUAAGUAUUUGGUCAAUAACAAAAGUUUCUCAAUACUUUGUUAUAUACCCUUUGUUGGCAAUGACACAGGUCAAACGUCUUCUGUAAGUCUUCACAAGGUUUUCACACACUGUUGCUGGUAUUUUGGCCCAUUCCUCCAUGCAGAUCUCCUCUAGAGCAGUGAGGUUUAGGGGCUGUCGCUGGGCAACACGGACUUUCAACUCCCUCCAAAGAUUUGAUAUGGGGUUGAGAUCUGGAGACUGGCUAGGCCACUCCAGGACCUUGAAAUGCUUCUUACGAAGCCACUCCUUCGUUGCCCGGGCGGUGUGUUUGGGAUCAUUGUCAUGCUGAAAGACCCAGCCACGUUUCAUCUUCAAUGCCCUUGCUGAUGGAAGGAGGUUUUCACUCAAAAUCUCACGAUACAUGGCCCCAUUCAUUCUUUCCUUUACACGGAUCAGUCGUCCUGGUCCCUUUGCAGAAAAACAGCCCCAAAGCAUGAUGUUUCCACCCCCAUGCUUCACAGUAGGUAUGGUGUUCUUUGGAUGCAACUCAGCAUUCUUUGUCCUCCAAACACGACGAGUUGAGUUUUUUACCAAAAGGUUCUAUUUUGGUUUCAUCUGACCAUAUGACAUUCUCCCAAUCCUCUUCUGGAUCAUCCAAAUGCACUCUAGCAAACUUCAGACGGGCCUGGACAUGUACUGGCUUAAGCAGGAUUUGAGUCCCUGGCGGCGUAGUGUGUUACUGAUGGUAGGCUUUGUUACUUUGGUCCCAGCUCUCUGCAGGUCAUUCACUAGGUCCCCCCGUGUGGUUCUGGGAUUUUUGCUCACCGUUCUUGUGAUCAUUUUCACCCCACAGGGUGAGAUCUUGCGUGGAGCCCCAGAUCGAGGGAGAUUAUCAGUGGUCUUGUAUGUCUUCCAUUUCCUAAUAAUUGCUCCCACAGUUGAUUUCUUCAAACCAAGCUGCUUACCUAUUGCAGAUUCAGUCUUCCCAGCCUGGUGCAGGUCUAAAAUUUUGUUUCUGGUGUCCUUUGACAGCUCUUUGGUCUUGGCCAUAGUGGAGUUUGGAGUGUGACUGUUUGAGGUUGUGGACAGGUGUCUUUUAUACUGAUAACAAGUUCAAACAGGUGCCAUUAAUACAGGUAACGAGUGGAGGACAGAGGAGCCUCUUAAAGAAGAAGUUACAGGUCUGUGAGAGCCAGAAAUCUUGCUUGUUUGUAGGUGACCAAAUACUUAUUUUCCACCAUAAUUUGCAAAUAAAUUCAUUAAAAAUCCUACAAUGUGAUUUUCUGGAAAAAAUAUUCUCAAUUUGUCUGUCAUAGUUGACGUGUACCUAUGAUGAAAAUUACAGGGCUCUCUCAUCUUUUUAAGUGGGAGAACUUGCACAAUUGGUGGCUGACUAAAUACUUUUUUCCCACUGUACACAUACACACACACACACACAUAACUACUACUUUAUAAGGACAAAUAAUGUUAUAUAUUUUAGUGUGCACUGAAGGGGAUGAUGCCAACAUUCAGAGCAAGUAUUAGACUAGUUUAAGUAUACUAGAGAAUUAGGAGUCUGACUGCCCCUUGACCUUUCUCACCAAUGUCCAGGAUGUUCACCAUGGGAACGGUACCCAGUCGGUCUUCUACAACGACCCCAGCGUGCUGUACAUCUCCCUGCAUCGCUAUGACAAUGGCAAAUUCUUCCCCGGCAGCGGGGACCCAGCUGAG